UCACCGGAAGGAAAUCUUUCCUUCGCGACACAGGUCGGUUGCUGGGCAACAGGAGGAAAACUUACUGAAAGAUGGCGGAAGAAAACAUUUCAGCCGUUAGGAAGAAGAUAACGGCCGAAUUUCAGCUGUUUGACUACGAGAACAACAACACGGUGGACGUCCGGGAGAUUGGGACCAUUAUAUAUUCUCUGGGCUGCUUCCCCACUCAAGCAGACAUACGCGAAUUCAUAGCCGAGGUGGAAGAGGAUAACUCAGAAAUUGUACAUCUGGAGAAGUUUCUUCCAGCUAUGACCAACGUCCUGGUGGUGUCGAUGGUAGAUUUCUUACUACAAACUCAGGAUCUAAACCAGGAUGGUCUGCUGGACCCUUCUGAGCUGCUCUCUCCUUCGGUCAUUAACACACAGGGCUCAAGCAACAACAAAAUGGCUCAUCAAGAGCAGGAGCUGGCAGAUGAGAACAAGCUAUCAAACACCAUCACUGUGGAGGAGAAUGCAGGAGCAGGGGAGCACAGGGAGAAGCAGCAGCUCGACAUAAUGGCACUACAGGAGGAACCAAUGGCUGUUAAAACGCUGUGCCUGUUCAAAGAGUUCCUGUCACAUUAA